CAGACUAGUUACUGUAUAACCAGGCUCACACCGCAUUAUUCAUAGUACACAUAUCCUAUGUAUUAUGAUUAGGUCAAUUGAGUUAUGAAUGGGUUUAGUGUGAGCAUGCAGCCGGGGAGGGGGCAGGACGGACGGAGAGAGGAGUGACUUUCGGCGGCGGCGGCGGCGGCAGUAGCGGCAGGCGGGUAUGGAGGGUGUGAAACAUGGCUCGUCACGGAAAUAAAUAACGGAACUGGGACGAUAUUAUUUAAGCCACAGAAUACGGUAAAAAAGAGGAAGCGAAUAUUUCAACAGUGAAGAAACUGGGUUACAGCUACAGUCAGUGCCGCACGUUUCAGUGUUGAUGUUGGUAUUUGGCCACGAAUACCUGCCGAAAAUAGUCCCGACGUCCUUUACUGAGGCUCCUCUGUCCUGUGUGACCCCCUGACACAGAGAGGAUGGUGAUGGAGGAGGGGGACCAGAGAGACAGAGGGAGGGGGCAUCCAGCGACGGCAGGGGCAGGGGGAAGGCAGAUCCUGACGGAGCUUGCGGAGCAGGACCUUGAUGCCAUUUGUCUCUCUACAUAUCGAACAGCCUGCAAACUGAGAUUUAUACAAAAGAGAUGCAACCUGCAUCUGAUCGACAUUUACAACGUGAUCGAGGCGGUGCGGGAUGCUGGUCUGAACGCUGUCGAGCUGAAUGCUGGCAUUUCUGUGACCAGGCUGGAGAACCUGGUGUCCUCCUUGUUCAACCAACUCAGCAAGCGUCUGCCCACCACACACACCAUCAACCCGCGAGAAAGCACCGUGCUGCUGGUCGAAUUCAUACUGGCUGCCAUCGAAGGUGAACCUGACAGCAGACUGACAGUGCUCUCUGUGAAGGCGAUGCUGGCCACACUGUGUGGAGGGAAACUGGUGGAUAAACUCCGCUAUGUGUUUUCUCAGGUAUCUGACUCCAUUGGUGUGUUGGUACAAUCAAAAUUUGACAGUUUUCUGAGGGAAGCUCUCAAGCUGCCCACCGCUGUGCAUGAAGGACCGUCCUUCGGUUACACACACACCUUAGCACGCUCAUGCUUCCCACAACAGAAGAGGGUGAUGCUCAACAUGUUCCUGGACAUCAUGGCUGACCCUCCUCCAUGUCUUGUCUGGCUGCCCCUCAUGCACCGCAUGGCCAAUGUAGAGCAUGUCUAUCAUCCCGUAACAUGCUCAUACUGUCGUGGCAACGGUAUGACGGGCUUCCGCUAUCGCUGCCUCCGUUGCCGUGGUUACCAGCUCUGCCAAAAUUGCUUCUGGCGUGGCAACGUCAGCGGCUCUCACAGCAAUCAGCAUCAGAUGAAGGAGCACUCGUCGUGGAAGUCGCCGGCGACUAAGCUGGGCCGAGCCCUGAGCAGGACUCUGGGCUGCGUAUCGUCCAGGGAACCCUCCCACCCAAUCUACCCAGAAGAACCUGAGAGGACCCUAAACCUCGCCAACAUAGUCCCCUCUCAACCUAUUGGAAACACCAGUGAGGCCAUGUUGCUGUCUGCAUCAGUGCCAGAGUCAUCCAAGAGUUUGGCAGCGGCUCAGCGUAUGAACGAGGAACACGCUCUGAUCGCUGCUUAUGUGAAUCGCCUCCAGAGCAGCCCACGCAUGGACACUCCCAGCAGGCAAGACGAGGAGCACAAACUGAUCGCACGUUACGCCAACCGACUGGCAGAGACUGACGGCACAGGAGUGAUACCUAACCGGAGCAUCAACUUUGAUGUGAACAAACAGAAGAGGGAGCUCAUUGCUCAGCUGGAGUGUAAAAACAGAGAGAUCUUGGCAGAGAUCAAACGUCUCCGUGUAGAACAUGACGCAGCGUGCCAGCCCAGCCCGGAGAAGGGCAGCACCAACCCAACUCUGCUGGCUGAGCUUCGUCUGCUCAGACAGAGGAAAGAUGAGCUGGAGCAGAGGAUGUCGUCUCUGCAAGAGAGCAGGAGGGAACUGAUGGUACAGCUGGAAGGGCUGAUGAAGCUGCUCAAGGAUGAGGAACAGCGACAGGCAGCACAGGCGGCUGGCUCUUCUCAUGCCUCUCCUUCUCGACCCAGCCCAUCAACCGUCCGCUCAGUUGGCGCCGCGUCUCCCCAGAUGCACAUGUACCCCCCUCAAGACUCCCUCGCCGGGGUGGGUGGUGAUGUACAAGAGGCCUUUGCUCAAGGCCCGAGAAGAAACCUGAGGAACGACCUUCUGGUAGCAGCUGACUCCAUCACCAACACUGUGUCCUCACUGGUCAAAGAGCUUCACUCUGAUGAUGGUCGGGAGGAAGAGGAGAGAUUGCUGAACGGGAAGGACAGAGCAGGUUAAAAUGAUGGCAGGACAAACAAAAACAAGUGAUGUUUCAUCACGGCCAAAGAAGACCGACCCUACUGGGAUUAAAGUGUAACUUCUUAUAUUCAUCGUUAACCAGUGGGGAUUAGGAGCUCCACUGUCAAUCAACCAAUCACGAUGCUGGACACCAAAUGACCGCUGGGUCCCUACUGAUGUAUAGCUGUGAUUCUGUGUUUGUCUUGUCACUGUGGUUUUACUUUUGUUUUGAUUUGAUCGUGCAUAGCUAAACAAGGAAUCUGAAGCCUACUGAUUUGUACUGUAGCGUGUGUGUGCUCUGCGUUUCGAGGUGCGAGAGGGUCGAGCAAGUGAGAGGGACAUUGCGAAGAGACAGAAAGAUGUGUUUUUUUCUUAAGGAAUUUUGUGAAACAUAAAAGUGCAGGAAAGUUUCAAGAUGGAGAUACUGGAUGUUAUCGGAGUGGAGAGAAAAAGCGAAGGAAAAACAAGAGGGUCAGAUGUUAAAAAGACAAGAAGAGAGUUGCAACGUUUUAAGUUUCGGCACUGUGUGCUUAGUAUUUAUUGUUUUGCUUUGAUUUGAUUUUUGCCAUUUAUUCAUUUGGUUUGAGCAUUUAUGUGUACGUGAGUGUGGUCAGGCCCUGCUGAGACGAUAAGCUUUAAUGGGACAUUUCCUGCUGUAUCAAGCCCUGCCCCCCUCCCUCCCCGCUUCGGGACUCCUUCGGGAUGCAGAGUGGAAAGUUGAAGUCCUAAUCCCAGUCCAGGGGCCUCAUUUAUAAAAGAGUGUGUAGGAUCCAUACCAAAAGUGGACGUGUACACAAAAAAAUGAAAAUGACGUGCGCCAAAAAAUAAUCAGAUUUAUAAAACCGUGCACGCAUGAACGCAAGCAUGUUUCCAUUUAUAAAUCACAAUCAUCUUGAAAAUGUGCGCACGUGGACGAACCUCAUAUCCCACCCCUUUCACUCCCACAGUAAACCAUAAAUGGUCAAUGCAAAAGCCUUCAUGAAUAUUGAUGUAGGCAACGCAUCGUUCCUGUGGAGAACGGCAGCAGUAACAGAAGAAAGUCUGAGAGGCUGAUGGCUGCAGUGGCUGUUAAUGCAGUCCGUGCAAUAAACUAAACAAUUCCCGAAAUUAAACAAAGUGGUCAGACAUGGAGGUAGAUGCCAAGAAGCGCAUUGCUGCACAAUGUCAGCGUGUGGACUAGUGGAGGCACGGGGACACUGAAGCUCACUGCUUGGUGUUUGUUUAGCAUCUACUGUAUAUAGACAAAUACAUGACUGAUGAGACCACACACUCGAUAUCCAACAUACAAUAAACACUGUAUUCAUCUAUAUUUACUCCAAAAUCCAGCAUACAGAUAUUUCUCUAAUUUAUACAGUCCAUAUAUGAGUGCAGGUGGUGAAGAUGUGCUAGAGGUGACUGGAGAAGGCAGAGUGUGUGUGACAGCCACCGCGGUGUCUCCAGUCUGACAGCACAGUCUUGUUCACUGCAGCAAUUUUACACACAAAAACUACAUGAAAAAUGAAAUCAUAUUUGGUGAUAUAUGCACAUGAUUAAAAGAUAUUAUCAAAAAUCUAUUAGCGCUCUGUUCUGCAAUUCUUUAAAGUUAUUUUGAUGUCAUCUUGUAUUUCUACAACUGAUGAUAAUAAUUUCAUCAGUUAGUUAUUGUGGUUGAGGUGAAAAGGAAUCACUAUAUUCACGCUUAAUAUUGGGGAAAGGCAAGCCAGAUUUUCCUGAAUCUUGUCUCCUGCGACAUUCUGGCAUCAUCCUGGCAUUUCAGCAGCUGUGCUGCUCCACAACUGACCACGGAUGUGAGCACCAUACAGUCCAGCCCUCUCCUCUGUGCUCUAGCGGUUGGGAAUGUGAUGGUGAGACAGUGCAUUACGCUCAAUAUUUCAUGAAUAGUUCAAUAAUAAAUCACAGAUGUAAUGGGUUAAGAUUUGAGUUGGCUUAUAUCUUUUAAAAUUGAAAGGUGCUUAUGGAAUAGUUAUGGUUCACUACAAGUGCAAGUGACACCGCUAGCUUGAAUGUUUAUGAUAAAGUGGAUCUAUAAUUAAAGUUUGAUAUUAAGUGAAAUUAAAUGUGGGAGAGGAAUCAUUAUACAGUCUGGCUUCAAUUCACCACCUCACCAUCUGCGUGGCCAGUAUUCCCUGUCUCCAAAGUGUUCUUACACAUGGGUCAGAGUUUUGAUACAGGUGUGCAAAUUCUCCCAUCAAGUUUGUUUUUAUAAAUCCCAACUGUUUCAUGGGAAGUGAUGCAUGUAUCUUUUAAGUCCUGUUUUGUGCGUACAUAGUGGUUCUAAAUGAGGCCCCUGGUGUCUAAAACCUGGAUGAGAUUUGCGCCAGUAUGAUAGCAGCUCAGGUUGUCCCAGCCUCUGUGUUUCCUGGUACUGCAGUGGGACUACAGUCAAAGAGGACAUAUCUGAUUACUGCGCUGUGUGUGUGUGUGU